CACACUUGAAUACACGGAGUAUUGUUUGAACAGUCUUUCGUUUCACUUCUAAUAAAUAACUCGGACCGACACUACAAUACAAUACAAAAACAAUUAACUUCGCGGAAAAAUCAGGUUUUUUUUUUAUAAAGAACUUGACAAUCAUAGAUUAACAAUGAGAUUUGACGCAAGUAAUAUACUGUCCAGUGGCACUUGGGAAUCGUUUCUUCAGUGGGCGAUACGUAUAUUUGCCGUAAGUCAAACUAUUUCAACAGAUUGGCCUGAUUCCUACCAAUUACAAGACGGAGACAGCUUUGACUUCAUCGUGGUGGGUGCGGGAUCUGGUGGCGCUGUGGUUGCAACGAGGCUCAGUGAAAUCUAUCACUGGCGUGUUCUGCUAAUCGAGGCUGGAGGAAAUCCACCACAAGGAAGUGUGGCACCAGGACUAUUUAAAGAGCUACCCCAUUCGGAAUAUGAUUGGAAUUAUAAAGCUUAUUUCGACCCUGAAGUAGGACAAGCCCACCCGGGAGGACUUAUUCAUAUGGUGCGCGGCAAGAUGCUAGGAGGAACUUCAUCUAUUAACUACCAAAUUUAUUCAAGGGGAGUUCCAGAGGAUUAUGAUGGGUGGAAUAAAGUAGCACCAGGUUGGGGGUGGGAAUCAGCUUUGAAAUAUUUUAAGAAACUGGAAAAUAUGACUGAUAACUCGGUCUUCGAAAAUUCUGAAAACGCAAAACUUCAUUCGAAACAAGGUUCUGUUGUUGUAUCACGGCCAAACCUUUUAAAAAAUAAAAAAAUACAUGAAUCAGUAUUGAAUUCAUUUGAAGAAUUAGGCGUUGAAACAGUUCUAGAAAAUAAUGGACCAGAAAAUGUUGGCAUGUCUACACCUCAUUUUAAUUAUGCAAAUGGUAGAAGAUCGAGCACAGCUGAAUCGUAUUUAAAACCAGCAAUGGAUAGGCAGAACCUAUAUGUGGCAAAAAAUGCUAGAGUCAUAAAAGUUCAUAUAAAUCCCGAUAAUUUGGAAGCUUACGGUGUUCGCGUGGUUCUUAAUUGUGGUAAAGUAGUUAAUAUUAAUGCAAAAAAGGAAGUUAUUCUUUCCGCAGGGACUAUCGAUACACCAAAGAUAUUAAUGUUAUCUGGCGUAGGACCUGAAGAAGUUUUGAAACAAUUUCAAAUCAAAGUUCUGGCCGACCUUCCUGUCGGUAAGAAUAUGCAAGAUCAUCCAGCAGUACGAAUACUUUUUAAAAGCAAAGAGAAUCACCAAACUAAAGCAAAUAUUGAUUUGGAAGCAAUAAGAAUGGUAACUUUACCUAUGCAAAAUGGGUUUAUUACCCUUAAUAGUAGUUAUUCACCUGAAUUUAAACAUCUGUAUGAUGGAAGGCCACUAAUUCAAAUUAUCAAUGUUAGGAAACAGCCCACAUCUGAUAUUGAUCUAGAUGUAGACAAUUGUCAGUCUAUGUAUAACUUUGAUAAUGAAUACUGCUUAUCGUUUAGCAAGGCUCACAUUUUCAGAGAGACAGACACUAUUGAUAUGCUGCUAUUGCAUCCCUUAUCUAAAGGACAAGUGACAAUAAAGAGUGCUGAUCCAAAGGAUGAUCCGUUAAUUAAAAUGGGCUAUUUCAGUCACCCACAUGACAUCCACGUAGCAAGGGAAGGUAUAAAGUUUUUGACCGGUCUAGUAAAUACAACAUAUUAUAAACAUUUUGACAGCGAAGUAGUGAAACUACAAGUAAAGGGUUGUGAAAGUUUAACAUGGGGUUCUGAUGCGUAUUGGGAGUGUUACGCUGUGAAUAGUGUCGUCUCAUUCCUUCAUCCUGUAGGAACCUGCCGGAUGGGGCCAGACGGUGUGGUAGAUGAGAGAUUAAGGGUUCAUAAUAUUCUUAAACUUAGGGUUGUUGAUGCCUCCGUUAUGCCUGAAGAACCAAGUGGAAACACUAAUGUACCGACGAUGAUGAUUGGGGAAAAAGCAGCUGACAUUAUAAAAGAAGAUUACGGGGCUUAAAAGAUAGUAAAAAUUAUGUAUAUAAGAUAGUAAAUAUUAUGUUAUAUUAAACAUAAGAAUAAAAUCUCUUUUUUGAUAAUAUCUGAACUUACGCCAAUUACCCUUUAUCAAUAUAGUGUUCAUGGUGCGAGAUUUUUUGAACGGAAAAUGCAAACGUGCCUUAAAGAAAAGCUUACGAAUACUAUGAUCCAGCCUCUGUAAAACAUUGCAACACUGAAGUUUAAUAAAUAUAGUUUUAAAGAGUUUAUUUUUUUAGGCAAACUAUAAUAGUAAAAAUUCUUUCACUUUGUUGAAUCUAUGUCCUCAUAGUUCUAUUGUAAAGGUCUAAAUGCAAAAUGAAAUAUAAAUAAUAUAA